AUGCGUCAAUUGGACAGACUGGUGGCACGAGAUUCGGCUGGCAGGACAACUCUUCAUUGUGCAUGCGCAGCAGGAGACUAUGACGAAGUUGCCUCGCUCGUUCGCCAGGGUGCAAACACAAAUGCAAAAGACAACGCUGGCUGGACCCCACUCCACGAGGCUGCCCGCAGUGGCCACCUCAACAUCGUCAAACUCUUGCUUGACCACGGUGGAGACAUCAACACCCUCGGCCACCUGUCCAACACCCCUCUGCACUACGCCAGCAUCCACUCCCACCCCAAUGUAGUCAGCCAUCUAAUCGAAGCCGGAGCUGACAUCGAUCUCACCAAU